UCUCUUUCUUUUUCCGGCCACAGAUCAUGGAACAGAUGGAGUGCUUCACGCGGUUCAGUGCGGCGGGCGGUUCUGUUGUGGUCGUGCAGUGAAAUUACAUUCAUACAUUGAACCGACCGAGAAGAGAACAGUUCACGAGUGCUAGGAAGAGAAAAACACGUUUUUCUGUUGCUGCUUUUUAGCGACACGGGCGCAGUAAAAGUUGAAAGUUUCGAAUUGAUUUUGACAAGUGAAAUCGAGUCGCCUGAAAACGCAUCAAAAUGGUUAACUUUACCGUUGACGAAAUCCGCUCCAUGAUGGACAGGAAGCGGAACAUCCGUAACAUGUCCGUCAUUGCCCACGUCGAUCACGGCAAGUCGACGCUGACCGAUUCGUUGGUCUCCAAGGCCGGUAUCAUCGCCGGUGCCAAGGCUGGAGAAACCCGUUUCACCGAUACCCGCAAGGACGAACAGGAACGGUGCAUUACCAUCAAGUCGACUGCCAUCUCGAUGUACUUCGAGUUGGAUGAUCAGGAUCUGGUGUUCAUCACCAACCCUGACCAGCGCGAUAAGGACUGCAAGGGCUUCUUGAUCAAUCUGAUCGAUUCGCCCGGGCACGUUGAUUUCUCGUCGGAGGUAACGGCCGCGCUGCGUGUCACUGACGGUGCCCUGGUCGUCGUCGAUUGCGUUUCCGGUGUGUGCGUACAGACCGAAACCGUGCUGCGUCAGGCCAUCGCCGAACGUAUCAAGCCGGUGCUGUUCAUGAACAAGAUGGACCGUGCCCUGCUGGAACUGCAGCUGGAUGCGGAGGAUCUGUACCAGACCUUCCAGCGUAUCGUUGAAAACGUCAACGUCAUCAUCGCCACCUACAACGACGAUGGCGGCCCAAUGGGAGAGGUCCGUGUCGAUCCAUCCAAGGGUUCCGUCGGUUUCGGUUCCGGUCUGCACGGAUGGGCCUUCACCCUCAAGCAGUUCGCUGAGAUGUACGCCGCUAUGUUCAAGAUCGAUGUCGUCAAGCUCAUGAACCGUCUGUGGGGAGAGAACUUCUUCAACCCCAAGACCAAGAAGUGGGCCAAGGUCAAGGAUGACGACAACAAGCGUUCCUUCGUCAUGUACGUGUUGGACCCCAUCUACAAGGUGUUCGACGCCAUCAUGAACUACAAGACCGAUGAAAUCCCAAAACUGCUUGAGAAGCUGAAGGUUACCCUGAAGCACGAAGACAAGGACAAGGACGGCAAGAACCUGCUGAAGGUUGUUAUGCGUACCUGGUUGCCAGCUGGAGAAGCUCUACUUCAGAUGAUUGCCAUCCAUCUGCCUUCCCCAGUCGUCGCCCAGAAGUACCGUAUGGAGAUGUUGUACGAAGGUCCUCAUGAUGAUGAGGCCGCUGUUGCCGUCAAGAACUGCGACCCUGAAGGUCCACUCAUGAUGUACGUGUCGAAGAUGGUACCGACCUCCGACAAGGGUCGUUUCUACGCUUUCGGUCGUGUGUUCGCCGGUAAGGUCGCCACUGGCCAGAAGUGCCGCAUCAUGGGCCCGAACUACACCCCAGGAAAGAAGGAAGAUCUGUACGAGAAGGCCAUCCAGCGUACCAUUCUGAUGAUGGGACGUUACGUCGAAGCCAUCGAAGAUGUUCCUUGCGGUAACAUUUGCGGUCUGGUCGGUGUUGAUCAGUUCCUGGUCAAGACUGGUACCAUCUCCACCUUCAAGGAUGCCCACAACAUGAAGGUCAUGAAGUUCUCCGUGUCGCCUGUCGUGCGUGUGGCCGUUGAACCCAAGAACCCUGCUGAUCUGCCCAAGCUGGUCGAAGGUCUGAAGCGUCUGGCCAAGUCCGAUCCUAUGGUGCAGUGUAUCAUUGAAGAAUCCGGUGAACACAUCAUUGCCGGUGCCGGUGAACUGCAUCUGGAAAUCUGUCUGAAGGAUCUGGAAGAAGAUCACGCCUGUAUCCCACUGAAGAAGUCCGACCCCGUCGUGUCCUACCGUGAAACCGUUUCGGAUGAAUCCGACCAGAUGUGUCUGUCCAAGUCGCCCAACAAGCACAACCGUCUGUUCAUGAAGGCCGUGCCCAUGCCCGAUGGUCUGGCUGAGGAUAUUGACAACGGUGACGUGAACUCGCGUGACGACUUCAAGGUCCGUGCCCGUUAUCUGGCCGAGAAGUACGACUACGAUGUCACUGAAGCCCGUAAGAUCUGGUGCUUCGGUCCGGACGGUACUGGCCCGAACAUCGUCGUCGACUGCACCAAGGGUGUGCAGUACCUGAACGAAAUCAAGGACUCCGUCGUUGCUGGCUUCCAGUGGGCCUCCAAGGAAGGUGUGCUGGCUGAAGAAAACAUGCGCGCUGUCCGCUUCAACAUCUACGAUGUGACCCUGCAUGCUGACGCUAUCCAUCGUGGUGGUGGCCAGAUCAUUCCAACUGCCCGUCGUGUCCUGUACGCCUCGUACAUUACCGCCGCGCCACGCAUCAUGGAGCCGGUGUACCUGUGCGAAAUCCAGUGCCCCGAAGUCGCCGUCGGAGGUAUCUACGGUGUGCUCAAUCGUCGUCGUGGACACGUCUUCGAGGAAGCCCAGGUCGCCGGUACGCCCAUGUUCGUCGUCAAGGCCUACCUGCCCGUCAACGAGUCGUUCGGUUUCACCGCUGAUCUGCGAUCCAACACCGGAGGACAGGCCUUCCCGCAGUGCGUGUUCGAUCACUGGCAGAUCCUGCCAGGAGACCCAGCUGAGCCUGGAACCAAGCCGUACGCCGUCGUCCAGGACAUCCGUAAGCGUAAGGGUCUGAAGGAAGGUCUCCCAGAUCUGUCACAGUACUUGGACAAAUUGUAAACACUUGCUUAAAAUUACAAUAUAAUUCUUACGAUUAAACAAAAAACCCAUUAGAAGAAUGAAGCGUAUCCAAGGCUCCAAUCAAACUCUAAUUUAAAGAAAAGCGUAAUUUAUAAAUGUUUACAACCAAUCCGUAAUACUUGACACAUUCGUCAGCCAAAAACCAUCUGAGGGAGAGAAAGAAAGAGGCACUAUUCCCCAUUCGUUUGCUUCGUAUCCUGCGUCAUCGUCGUCGUCCUCGAACUCCGGAGAAAUCGCAACUGCAACAACCGUCUCGUGACACAAAAACAACACAAUGAGAGAAGCUUAACAAAAUUUACACACAUAGACGGGAUGAACAACAGCUGAUCCCCCAACAGAGAAAUGCAAGCAGAACAAAGGAAAAGUAUCAUCUACCACACACACACACACAAUAAUGAUGAAAUGAAACAGUGAUAUACACAAACACAAGAGAAUACACAGGAGAUGAGAAAUCAUGUUGAAAGAAAACAACUGAAAAGGAAACGCGUGUAGUUUUACUUAUUCUUAGUUUUUUGGUUUACUACGAGACUUUACUACAUUUAAAUAUAGUAAAUUAAAAAUUCAUACUCAUUCGGUAGAGGAAGUUAGGCUUGCAUUUUUUGUCGUCAACUUCCGAUUUUCGGAUGAUCGAAGAUACACAAGAAACCGGUUUAUUAUAAUUUUCAUCUAUUAUUAUUUUCUGCUACUCUAUACAAUAAUUGGACAAUGAUAAUAUCUUUACAAAAUAAUGUUUAUUUUACAUAAAACUGGUAUGGA